AUGGCGCUGACCACGGACUACUCCAAGCUGGGCGAGCUGAUCCACCAGUCGCCCGAGUCGCCCUCGCUCUACAACCAAGCCAAGUACCACACGCAGAAGCAAAAUGACUCCUUCUACGAGAUAAAGCGAUUCAUGUGUUUGGGAAGCACCAUCCCCGACGAUGCCCAGUACAGCGUGGACCUCUUAAUCGACCGAGGAGACAAAAAAUGUAGAGACGUUCUCGCGGAGUCCUUCAGGGUGGAGGGAUACAAGUACGCCACCACGAACAACGACGAUAACGUCAGGUUCGCCAAGCUGUUCUUUGACCACUACGCUAACAUGUUUUACUGCAUGCACCUGCACGGCGACGACAGGAAGUGCAACUCCCUCUUCAGGCACUUUUACGAGGCGGUGGGGAAGCAGACGCGCUAA